CCACUCCUCCUCCACCCCGGAACCCCUCUCCCAGGACCCUACUUCCGGUCUUGCUGUAGCAGUCCCGCCCCCGAGACCCCCUCCCCGGAAGUCCCACCUUCCAACUUCAAGGGGCUCCCCCGAACCCCUACUUGUCUCUUGCUGUCGCGACCACACCCUGUGGUCCCACUCUCCUGGAAAUCCCACCCCCGGACAGGCUUUCCUAGCUCCACAGGAUUAGAGUUUUCAGCUCUCUGAAACUGCCUUCUCAGGAGUCUCGACUAAACCUAGUCUGUCUAAAGCCUGGCUUCCCAAAGGGGCAAAGCCUGGCUUUGGAAGGAACGGUUCGGCUUAGGAGAAGUGACGCCUCUCGGGGGGCCCCGCCCCCUCGGGGCCCCGCCCCUUCCACUGGCCACGUCUGGUCCCGGGAAUGUGGCAGACUCCUGGUCAGGGACCAGGUCCCCCCCGCCUCGGGAGACUUCUCCCUGUUGAGCUUGGGUCCAUGUCUCAAAGCCCUGGUCUUACGUCCCGGACGCUUCUAUAUCCCUCUCCUUUCUUUAAGCCUUGGGCUUAAUGCUCCUGAGCUCUCGUUCUCCAUCAGGUGGGAGGUGGAAAUUUGUGGUUGUAAGGAGUGAGAUUAUUAGCAGUGUCGUUUCCCCCGUAACCUUCUCUUGACUGUGAAGUAGGUUGAAGGGGCUGGGUUUCGUUUAUGGCAGAAUGGACGAGAGCGUGGCUUAGAGACUCCUUCCCGUGGCAGACCCUGUUCCUGAGACAGCCAUAGGUGCACCUUACUAUGGUUGGAUUGGACUGAGUGUGGAUUUGUGUGAACCUAACAGGAGUCAAAGUUUUCCUGCCAUCAGAAGAAAAACUGUUUUGGAGUCAGGAGUAGGGUUUCUUGUCCUUUCCGUUGUUUUUAAAGGACCCCUCCCCCUAACCAGAUAACUCCUGUUUGGCAUUCAUCCUGACCUCACUUGCCCAACCUUCCCUGCUGGAAACAUUCCUGAGGCUUUCGCCAUUUCCUGCUAUUUCCUGCCGCUCCAGCUUCCUCCCUGCUGGGCUGAGGUGCAAAACAAGGCUCUCCCUAGUCGCUACUACCUAGCUUUGGUCCGGUAGGCAAUUUGCCAUCUCUUUAAGCAUAUUUAAAGGCUCAUGCUUCCCUUUCUUCCAAAUGCACACACUGCUGGUCAUUCCUUGCCUCUGGAUAUGAACGCUCCCAGAGAAAGCCAAGACAAGGACAUCAUAGUGUGUGUUUGUGUGAUUGGAAGUGUAUGGCUGUGGCAGAAUUUCCUCCUCUUCUCUUAAGAGCUGACAGAAUUUAUUUUCAGGAAGAGGUGUGGUGUUCAGUAACAGCUUUCCUGGGAUGGGGGUCUAAGGCCAGGUUUGAAAGAGUAAAGCAUGAUAUUCAACCCGUUUUAAGUGCUGGUAUUGUUAACCACAAUCAUACAGUUUUUAAUUCUCCAAAAUAAACUUAAGAGUAGUUUGGAGGUGAGCCUAUAGGGAACUAUCUUCUACCCUUUGUAUUUGAUUACUUUUUUUUCUUCAGGAAAUAAGUGAUAGUCUAUUCUGGAGCAAUGCUGAUUGGUCACUUUAACUUCCUGAUGGCCUUUUGCAGAGCUGUGGCAGGAAACUGUGGGCAAAGGAAUAUGGCUUUGGUGGUGUUAUGCACUUAUGGCCAGAUCCCAGCGUCUGGUAUCCCUUUCUCCUUCCUGUCUCUAUUAACACAGAUUGUUUAUGGCCCUAUUAUCCCUUUGUGGCUGGUAGGCACCAGUUCUGUGUUCCGUUGUCCUACCUCAAGGCCAACCCCCAUACUAGUAGGAGGGACCCUGUUGGGCGGAGCUUACAGUCUACCAGGAGACAAGUAUGCCUGUAGGUCCAAGGGUAGCCUGAUCCCUCUGUAUCCUCUGGCUUUCCUCACUAGGCCAGUGGGAACGGGGUUGCAAGAAGUCCGUUGGUCUUUGGUAGGUGGCGUGUGUAAAGAGCAGGCUUGCGCUAGCUCUUGCUGGUAGCUCCCAGACGCAGCACCCCAACUGGCCUUUAUUCCUCCUAGUUCCCUCUGGGCCUCGAUCUCCACCCACUGGGACUACUUUCCCUUCCUGGCUGCCUGCUCUGGUCCACAGCUGUUGUGGCUAAGGAUGCUAAUGGCCCAGGUUCCCUGGGGCUGCCACCUCACUCACUGUGUGGUGGGGGUGGGGGAUGGUCUGGGCUGUAAGGGAAAUGCUAAACUCUGGGACACCCCCACCCCCUUUCCACCCUCAGCAGCUUCUGUUUCCUCCUUUAUCCCUCUCCUGGCCUUCCCUGGCUUCCUGCUCUCUCUGGCUUGCCCAUGUCGGCUUGGAUUGAUCCCGAGCUCCUCUUAACUCCUUCCUUCCUUCCUUUUUUUUUUCUUCUCUUUUUCUUAUUCUUCCAUCUUUCUUUCCUACCUGGCACCUUGCUCCUCCCCAGACAGACUACCAGUUGUUUGUAUUGGGCAAGGGAGAGUAGCCUGGCUAGCACAAAUCGUGCGGGGACGUGUCUCAGCCCCUCUGAGCCCGUGAGUCAGCGUUGUCCUUGGGAUUGGUCUUUCUUCUUAGUUCCCCGCCCCUGGGGAGGAGCCAGUCAGCUCUGGGUCCAGCCUGUACUCCUCAGCCAUAAGAGGCUUCCUCGCUGGGCUGGGCAAGGAUGUGGCCUGAAACUGUCUAGGUCUGACGUGGGAGAGCAGAGGCCACUUGUCCUUCGCCUCCCUAGGUCCUCUGUUAUCACCAGGCUGCAGAGGUCAGACCAGGCUAACGGCCUGGGGAUGCCCCCUGCCUGGCCCCCUUGCCUGAAUUUGGCAGGGGGGCCGGGCCGGGCCGGGCCAGGCAGCAGUCCCCCUUCUCACCCCAGCCAUGGAUCUUCUACCCCCCAAGCCGAAGUACAACCCACUUCGAAAUGAGUCUCUGUCAUCGCUGGAGGAGGGGGCUUCAGGGUCUACCCCCACAGAAGAGCUGCCUUCCCCAUCAGCCUCAUCCCUGGGACCCAUUCUGCCUCCUCUGCCGGGGGACGAUAGUCCGACUACCCUGUGUUCCUUCUUUCCCCGGAUGAGCAACCUGAAGCUGGCCAAUCCUGCUGGGGGGCGCCUGGGGCCUAAGGGGGAGCCAGGAAAGGCUGCUGAAGAUGGGGCGGGGAAUGCAGGGGCAGCCCUCCGAGACACAGGCCUCUUGCCCCUCCUCCAGGACAUGAACAAGCUGAGUGGAGGCGGCGGGCGCAGGACUCGGGUAGAAGGGGGCCAGCUGGGGGGCGAGGAGUGGACCAGACACGGGAGCUUUGUCAAUAAGCCCACACGAGGCUGGCUGCAUCCCAACGAAAAAGUCAUGGGACCUGGGGUUUCCUACUUGGUUCGGUACAUGGGUUGUGUGGAGGUCCUGCAGUCAAUGCGAGCCCUUGACUUCAAUACCCGGACUCAGGUCACCAGGGAGGCCAUCAGUUUGGUGUGUGAGGCUGUGCCUGGUGCCAAAGGGGCAACGAGGAGGAGGAAGCCCUGUAGCCGCCCACUCAGCUCCAUCCUGGGGAGGAGUAACCUGAAGUUCGCUGGAAUGCCAAUCACUCUCACUGUGUCUACCAGCAGCCUUAACCUCAUGGCAGCAGACUGCAAACAGAUCAUUGCCAACCAUCACAUGCAAUCUAUCUCAUUCGCGUCUGGUGGGGAUCCGGACACAGCUGAGUAUGUUGCCUAUGUUGCCAAAGACCCUGUAAAUCAGAGAGCCUGCCAUAUCCUGGAGUGUCCUGAAGGGCUUGCUCAGGAUGUCAUCAGCACCAUCGGUCAGGCCUUUGAGUUGCGCUUCAAACAAUAUCUCAGGAAUCCACCCAAGCUGGUCACCCCCCAUGACAGGAUGGCUGGCUUUGACGGCUCAGCUUGGGAUGAGGAGGAGGAAGAGCCACCCGACCAUCAGUACUAUAAUGACUUCCCAGGGAAGGAACCCCCUCUCGGCGGGGUGGUAGACAUGAGGCUUCGAGAAGGGGCUGCUCGACCCUCUCUGCCCACUGCCCAGAUGCCCAGCCACUUGGGAGCUACGCUGCCUGUAGGGCAGCAUGCUGCAGGAGACCCUGAAGUCCGUAAACAGAUGCUGCCUCCCCCACCUUGCCCAGGCAGAGAACUCUUCGAUGACCCUUCCUAUGUCAACAUCCAGAAUCUAGACAAGGCCCGGCAAGCUGGGGGUGGGGCCGGGCCUCCCAAUCCUUCCCUUAAUGGCAGUGCACCCCGAGACCUCUUUGACAUGAAGCCCUUUGAAGAUGCCCUUCGUGUGCCUCCACCUCCCCAGUCCAUGUCCAUGGCUGAGCAGCUGCAAGGGGAGUCCUGGUUCCACGGGAAGCUGAGCCGGCGGGAGGCUGAGGCACUGCUCCAGCUCAAUGGUGACUUCUUGGUGCGAGAGAGCACAACCACACCUGGCCAGUACGUGCUCACUGGCCUGCAGAGUGGGCAGCCCAAACACCUGCUGCUAGUGGACCCUGAAGGCGUGGUUCGGACAAAGGAUCACCGCUUUGAGAGUGUCAGUCAUCUCAUCAGCUAUCACAUGGACAAUCACUUGCCCAUCAUCUCUGCGGGCAGCGAACUGUGUCUACAGCAGCCUGUGGAUCGGAAAGCGUGAUCCUCAGUCUUUCCUGGAUGCCCUCUGUCCCUUUCUCCUGUGUUCUGUAACUCCUGGGACCUCUGUUCUGUGGGUCUGGCCUUGGGUGGGAACUGGGGGCCGUGUGGACACUGGGUGCUCACCUGAGAGGGGUUUUAGUUCAGAACCUGGGGUAGCAUUCUGCUUCUGCCCAAACCUCACCAAAGUAUUAAUGUACAGAGUGGUCCCUUGCCUGGGCCUUGUCUGUGCCAACCUGAUGCCCUUUCCCCCAAAGGGUGGGUUCUUACAAUGGAAAAGUGCCCUGUGCUGAUAGGCCCAGUGGAGCAAUUGCCCUUUGGGGGAAGGGAAAUAAUCAUACCUCUGGUUUACCCCUGGUCUUCAGGGUACCCCAGAUCCCUCUGAACAUAUCCUGCUCCCUGUGCAUCCCCUUAAAACUUUGUGCCUUUGACUAUCUCCUACGUCUGCAGAUACUUUCUGCAGAGUUCUCAGGCCCGUCAUGGAUAGGGGUUGUUGACCCCUUGGCUUCUGGAGCACUGUCAUGCUCAGCAUCUCUUCCUGGGUUUGGGAAGAAGGGGGCAGGAGUGGCAGCUAUCUCCUCUGCCUUGUGACUGUGCAGCCUUUAAGAGAUUGCCCCAAGCUGGGCUUGGUGGCACAUGCCUUUAAUCACAGCACUCAGGAGGCAGAAACAAGAGGAUUUGUGAGGCCAGCCUGGUCUAUCAUAGAGUGAGUUCCAGGACAGUCAGGACUAUGUAGAGAGGCCCUGACUCCAAAAACCAAAAAGAGAGAGACAGAAAUUGCCCCAGCGCCCCCUCCUGGUGGCAGGGGGAGGGGCGGGAUUGGACCGCUGCCUUGCUCAGUGCCUCCUGGCCUCGCUCCCUUUUCUCCACGGGGUCUAUACAUUUCUUAAGCCUGCCCCUCCCAUGAUUGCAUGUGUGUUAGUCUACACAGCCAAAGUAUAGCCCUUCUUCCUGCAACCCCAUCCAGUCUCCCUCUUUUGGGAUGGGUGUGUGUGACUGACAUGGUCCUCCAGUAUGUGUACAGUUAACCUCGGGGUGGGUUUUGUGGAGGUGUUGAGACUGAAGCAGCAGACAAUCCCCAUACCGUCUGUCGGUCUGGAACUGCACUGUGGUUUUUUUUUUUGACACACAUGCAUUUUAGGGCUGUAGAUUUAUUUUCCCGAUUUUGUUUCUGUUGCUUACUUUUCAGCACAAAUUAUGAUAGUCGAUUACAUUUAUACAUCACCUCGUUGACUUUUCCAAACCUUUUUUUUUAAACAACUGUUGGGACUUUACUCUCUGGCCUAAAAGGAACUAGGACAGGGUUCGUUUUUCUUCUUCCUCAAGAGAGCUGAGAAGAACUUUGGUUAAAUAGUGUUGUGGGGUCAUGAUGUGAAAGCUCACUGCAGAUCCUACAUUCUGCCUGUGGGCCGAUGCAUUCAAGACAGAAACCUUGCAAGGAGGGUAGACUGGUUUUCAAUCUUGGCCUAUUUUUGGUUUGGCUGUCUUAUACCAAAGGGAAAUAGUCUUCAUUAAAGUCCAUAUUUCUUCUA